AUGGUCGAAUCCUUCAUCAAUUCAUCAAUUCACAGUAGGAAGAUGUCUUCUUCUUCUUCUUGCAUAAAUAUUGUACUUGUAACAGUAGCGUUGCUCACUGUGUCCGGGUCUCAUGCUGAUCGGUUGAGCUCCUCCUUCUACGAUGAGUCAUGCCCGGGCUUGACCGACCUCGUCCUCACCGCCGUCGCGCAGGCUCAGCUGUCGGAUCCCCGGAUGCCGGCGAGCAUCGUCAGGCUCCACUUCCACGACUGCUUUGUGGAUGGUUGCGACGGGUCGGUGCUGCUGGACGACAGCGAGAUGAUCGUGAGUGAGAAGGGUGCGACUCCAAACAAGAACUCGGCCCGGGGGUUCGAUGUGAUCGACGACAUAAAGAGCCAAGUGGAGAGUGUGUGUCCUGGAGUCGUCUCGUGCGCCGACAUCCUGGCUUUGGCAGCUGAAGCUUCUGUCUUCUUAUCUGGAGGUCCAUCAUGGGACGUUCCGCUUGGAAGGAGAGAUGGCACCACUGCUAAUAAGGAUGGAGCAAACAAGAAUCUUCCUACCCCCCUCGACACACUCGAUGUCCUUCAAUCCAAGUUCUCGGCGGUCGGUCUCGAUGACAUUGAUCUCGUCGCUUUAUCAGGAGCUCAUACAUUUGGGCGAGCACAAUGCAAAACCUUCAGCAGUCGGCUCUACAACUACAGCGGCACGUUGAGCCCUGACCCGAGCUUGGAUCCCUCCUACUUAGCGUUACUAGAAGAGAAUUGUCCUCAAGGAGAGAUCGGGACGACACUCAACAAUCUUGAUCCCACCACGCCUGAUGCCUUCGAUAACAACUACUACUACAACCUUCAGAAUGGCCAAGGUCUCCUCCAGACCGAUCAGGAACUCUACGCUGAUACCAGCUCUCCUUUAGCAUCGAUCAUCGAUCGGUAUGCAAGUGACGAUGGCAGCCUAUUCUUCGAACACUUUGCGGUGUCCAUGAUCAACAUGGGGAGCAUUAGCCCACUGACCGGAAGUGAUGGGGAGGUGAGGUUCGAUUGUAGGAAGAUCAAUGCAGGCUAGAUAGAUCAGAGACUAGUUUAAAUAUAAAGAUUUAUAAGUUUAUUUGGUGAUUUCUGAUUAAUUUGUGUGUGCGGAUGUGUAUAAAUAUUGGAUUUUUCAGGUUAAUGGACGUACUGAUAUUUUUGUU